AUGUCUGGAAGAAGAGGUUUUUGUCUUGUUUUGACUGGGCUUGUACUCUUGCUGUUAGAGUUAUCAUCGGCUAAAGACGAUUGUCAGAAAUUAUUAGACUUUGAGGGGAAAUCACAGGAAAACUGCCUGAGACGUAUACCAGACACCAGAGGAACAAUAACAUUCUCAACUUCCGUAGCCAAGCUCGGCUCAAGGUCACUGAGAUGGGAAUCUGGCACCACAGGAAAAUCGCGAUUGAGGUACACCAGGCCCCCAUCUGCCCGCAUCAGAGGACGUGACCUAAGCCGAGGAGGGGUGAAGAUGUGGAUCUACAAAGAGACUCCCUCACCUGGAAGAAGCAUGCAAGUUAGAUUUAGAGAUACAGCUCGGAGCAACCAAGUUGGGUCAUUUGAUAUUGACUUGGGAUUUAAGGGAUGGCGAGGAAUAUGGGUGUCCUAUGAAGAAUGCAAACGUUACUCUCAUAGCCUCAACUCUCCCGCUGAAAUUGAUAGAGUCGAUUUUGCCUUGAGCCAUCACGACACAAUUCAUAUCGAUAUGCUUGACUUUGUGAGAAGGAUGUCAUUUCAGUCUCGUGACAAAAUAGUUCCACCUUUCACAAGAUUCGGCUCACGAUAUGAUUCAAGCAACUUCUGGCAGCAAAGCUACCGUUGGAGUCAGCAGGCUCCGACUGCCCUUCCAGAAACGGUGGUUGCUUCAAAGUCCUUGAGUCUCACUCACAUCGAGAGUCGCUUGAAAAACUGGUACUGCGAUGAGAGGGAAACCACCUACGACUUCUCUGGAGAAGCCAAGAAGCGUUGGGAUAAACUGGUGAGUAGCAUUGACACUGCAUAUCUGGAAUACGAUAGACUUUUAUUUAGGACGCUACACUCAGGAAAAACAGUGAUAGUCGGGCCUCCUCUGUUCUGUCGCGGUUGUAAAAGGGGAACACGAGCGUAUUCCUUGAAAGAUCCAACAAGAAAGUUCAGCUUCGUCCAAAUGCGUAUCAUGCUUCCUUUAGCCAUAGAGUUUUAUCUUAAAUCCCGCGCCAAAGAAGUUUCCCGAACUGUGACAGAAGAAACUCCCCAAUUGAGCUCUACUAACAAAGUCGAUGUGGACCGUGCCAUUGAAAGGAUUUGUGGAAACAAUGCAAACAGACAGAAAAAGUUCCGUGAGUACCUCGAAAGUCUGACAAAACCUUACACAAAGGACCAAGUACGCAAAAUAUUAAAUGACGAAAACAAAAACCGCCUUGAGAGAAUAAUUAAACUGCUUGACUACAUUGAAGACCAAGGAUGGGCUGAUGGAAGUGCAAUAGGCUCCCUGGAUCAUGAAAUGAACCGUGGUGGUGCUGGGUACACACACACUCUUUUCUUGUUGAAAGACGCCUUACAAGGGAACACUAAAUACAGAUCAAGACUUUUAAACUUAAUAAAUACUGCCAAGUGGUAUAAUGAUUUUGGUGAAGUUUACCAAUCGACGUUCGAGUAUAGUGGAACUACGGCUGACAGAAUGAUUACAAUAAUGUUGUUUCGGCUCAUGAUUGUGUUGAUAAUGCCUGCUAAGUCGGAUAUGGAAAAAAAGGAGAGGCAAAGGGAUAUGGAUGCUUUGAAACGAUGGAUGGAUAACGCCCUGAGUAUCAACAAAGCCUUCGGUGGAGUUAUUAAACCUGAUUACACUGGCUUUCAUCACAAGACAUUCUACGCAUCUGCGUAUGCCCCACACGCAUAUCAUACAGCUGCACAAGUGCAAUACCUCUUAGAAGGAACAGAUUUUGCACUGUCAGAUGAGUCGAAACGAAAUUUACUGGAAGCUCUUGAAACAAUGAGGCUAGUAGCAGUAAAGUAUUCAACACCAAACAGUGUCGGCGGACGCAUUGUAGACUAUUCCAAAAAGAUUUUGGUAAACAUUCUCCCAGCAUACGCCUACAUCAGUGUUUCCCAUCCAUCUGGGCCACUGGCAUCAACCCCAGCCGAAGAAGUGUCAGUUCCUGCUGUUAAGAACGUUGGGAUGUUUUUACGUUUGUACCAGCCUACUGACGAAUUUGUUAAAAAGUACUUGGAAGAUGGAACGGUUAACAGAGGAAAAUCGUACAUGAACAGCCUUGGAUCACUGAAAAUUAUGUCCAUCGUCUUUUCUAAAGGUACAUCUCCUGAGCCCUCCCCUGAAGGUCAUUGGUCCAAGAACUUUGCUGCUCUCUCAAUUCAUCGUCGUAAAGACUGGGCAGUGACGAUAAAAGGCUUUAACCGGUUUGUCUGGGACUUUGAGGGAUCUACAAGGGUAGGAAAACCUGAAAAUGUUUAUGGUACCUAUCAGAGUCAUGGUUCAAUGUUGAUAGCGAACAGCGAAGAAGCAUUGAAGGCUCACGAUAUAAAAAAUGGAUGGGAUUGGACAAAAAUACCUGGAGCCACAACAAUGUCCCUGACUCUCGCUCAGACGAGUCUGAGUAAGGCAAGAAACUUCAGUCCACGAUCUUCUGCUGGAGGAGUAACCUACAGAGGACCAGAGCCUUUAUCCAGCGGAGUAUUUGGCAUGGACUUCCGCCAACCCAGGUACAGUUUUUUGGAGGCGAGCCACCCCUAUCCAAAUAUCAAUCUCCGCUUUAAGAAAUCUGUUUUCUUUUAUCAAAACGUGUUGGUCUGCCUAGGAAGCAACAUCAGAAUAAACAAUGGCGGGGCAACUCAAGCUCAAACGACCCUUUUUCAAGACAAGCUGAUAAGUGACAGCUCGUCCAUUGAAGUUGACGAUGAGCGAAAAGAUGAUUCAACUCUUUUUGACGCCAUGACCCCAUUUUCAACUCCAAAAGGAAGUAGAAGGGGAUACACUACUCUGGUGGACACCAAAGGCAACAGCUACUACAUUCCAAGAUCAAGUGCAUCCGAUCUUAAGGUUCACGUACAAACACAAAACUCGCGAACGUCCUCAGCUAAAAAAUCCAGUGGCACCUACGGAACUGCCUGGCUUGAGCACAGUGCGUCUGAUGGGAGUUACGAGUAUGCAGUUCACAUUGAUACUCCUUCAUACGAAGGCUCUACUGGCUCUUAUUGGGAAAUACAACAUUCUGAUGUGUCAUAUAAGCUAUACAGGGUUUUGAAGCAAGACGAUGAGGCUCAUGUGGUCCGAUUUGAAAGAUCUCCUGAACGCAAUACAGCUUUGCGUCCACUCUAUGGUUAUGUCUUUUUCCAAGCGACUUCAUCUGUCCCUCUUCCUUCCUGGGGGAUUGUCUCGUCAGUGAACAGACAAUGCAGGAUUAUGGCGGAAGAAAACACUCAGGAGAUUUACUUAAGCAUUAGUUACCCCGACCUGAAUUUCCCUGGCUCAAAAGUCUUGCGAACCUCCGGCGAUGUCAAAGCUCGGGAACUGUUUCGAAUGGAAAGUGAGGAGAUCCAAGUUGAAGUCACCUUGGCACGCGUUGUGAGCACAACUCUUCCAGAACUGCCCAAGGUACAUGGUUCUCCAACUGAUUACGUGCCAAGGGUUCGAGUGAUUGAAACAGUUACCGAGAAACCAAGCCGAGGAAACAAACUAGUCUUUGCCAAUCUGAAGAACGGAUUCAGCGUGGAAGUUAAACUGACCAAAAUAAAUUGUUGACUUUUUAACGGAUUCUUAAUGUGG